AUGGAAGAACGCGGUUCCUCGUUCGCGCCGCCAAAGACGGCGUCCAAGGUUGCGGUGGUCGUGGACCCCUUCUCGACCGGCGGCAUGCUGUCGGUGGUCCUCUCGCGGCGCGGCUUUGCAGUCAUGGCGCUCUGGACGAACGAGUGCGGCGGCAACGAGGAGCAUGUCCCAGCUGAGGUCAAGGCGUGGAGAAAGUCGAUCGGGUACUUGGCGGAGGUGUACGAGCCGGAGGGUGGGACCGAGGCGAUUGCGGCCGCGGUCAAGAAGGCGUGUGGCACCAAGACGCUCAGCACAAUCAUCUGCGGAGGUGAGUCUGGUGUCAAGGUUUGCGACGCCCUCUGCGUGUACCUCAAUUUCCGGGGCAACUCGAUCGCCAACGGGAUGGAGAACCGGCGGGACAAGCAGAUUCAGCAGGACAAUCUCCGCAACUCGGGCAUUCGCGCGGUGAAGGGCCUCGCCAGCACCGAGUGGGAGGGGCCCGUCGAGACGUUUGUCGACUCGCAGACCUUUCCUGUUGUGGUCAAGCCGGUCGAGUCUGCCGGCUCAGAGGGAGUUAAGAUGUGCAAGAGCAAGGAGGACGCCAAGGCGCACUUUCACCUGCUUAUGAACUCGCAGCGCGCGAUCGGCUCCGUCGGCGCGGCGGUCCUCGUCCAGGAGUUCCUGCGGGGAGACGAGUACGUCUGCGACCACGUCUCCAAGGAUGGCAAGCACAAGACCAUCAUGCUCUGGAAGUACGACAAGCGCCUCGCCAACGGCUCGCAGUUCGUCUACUUUGGCAUGAAGCCCAUCCCCCUUGACGCGCCCGAGGCGCAGUCCAUCAUCCAGUACACCCGCUGCGCCAUCAACGCGAUCGACAUCACAAACGGGGCGACGCACUCUGAGAUCAUGAUGACCAAGGACGGCCCCUGCCUCGUCGAGGUCAACUGCCGCUGCCACGGCGGCAACGGCGCCUGGAUGCCGCUCUCUUCGGGCCUCACGGGAGGCUACAACCAGGUGACGGCCGCCAUCGACGCCUACGUCGACCCGAAGAGGUGGGCGGCGAUCCCCUCGAUCCCGCCGAUCCCAUUCCUCGCCGGUGGGCUCGAGGUGAUGUUUGUGAGCUACGUCGAGGGCAAGGUCGUGGGCUGCCCCGGUUACAAGAAGAUCGAAAAGCUCAAGAGCUUCUCGUCGAUGGAUGCGGCGGUCGGCGUCGGCGACAACAUCGUCAAGACGAUCGACCUGCUCACCUCGACCGGGUCCUGCAUCCUGAGCCACCCUGACCCGAAGGUGGUGGAGGCGGACACCGCUUUCAUCCGCAAGCUCGAGAAGUCCAACAAGAUGUUCAUUCUGGACGGCGUCACGCCCGGGCCGGAGCGGGACAGCGGGACCAGCGACCGCAAGUCCGAGCUUCAAUGGGCGUUUGAGCACCACGGGGCGUCGCGGAAGUCGGUGCGGGGGGGAUCGCGCGACUCGCUCGUCGACCGCGUCAACGAGUCGAAGAUGCUCGAGGCGCAGAUGAAGGACAUCUACGAGAGCCAAAUCUCGAGCUUGCACAAGGCGGUUGCGGGCGCUGGCGCCGUGUCGGUUUUGCUCGGCGCGGGGCUGGUUGCCAUGGCCAUGAAGAAGUAG